GAGCUCUUGUGGUUUUAGGAAUGUUAAAAGCUUUGAUGCAAAAUUUGGCAUAUAAAGUUGUUAAAUUGCUUACUGCAGAAAAUUCAGCAGAUUGGCGCCAACUUGUAUGAAAUUUUGGGAAAAAUAUGUACGGUAAUUUUUAAUGAAAUAAGUUGAAUAAUGAAUCUGAUGAUGAUUUGCAGAACUGCAUCACACUAACAAAGGAGAAUGUCAAAGGCAUAAUCAUGUGCAUUUAUGAUUGGAGGUAGGAAACUAAUAACCAAUGCACAUUGUGUGGAACAUGAUACACAGGUUAAAGUUAAGAGAAGAGGGGAUGAUACAAAAUACGUGGCUAAGGUGUGUCUCUAUGAAGGUUUUAGCCAGAGGUAUUGAUUGUGAUAUAGCUUUGCUUUCAGUAGAAAGUGAUGAAUUCUGGAGAGAUGUGGAACCUCUCAGAUUAGGACGAUUGCUGCAUCUUCAGGAUUCUGUUACUGUGGUGGGAUAUCCUCCCUUCUAGCUGAUGGUUUAGCUGUUGCUGUACAGGAAAUUCUAGCAUGUGCCUUUGCUGAGAAAAAUUUUGACAAAGUAACGGCUGAAGGAUCAAAAGGAGAGGAAAAAGCAGGAAAUUAGGACUCAUAAUGCUUAGUUGCAUGCUGCAGUAUCCGUGGCAGGCAUAGCUGCUGCCGUUGCGGCCAUUGCAGCUUCAAUAGAGUGUACAUUGUAGAAUCAAUAGAGUGUACAUAGCAGCCAUAAGAAAGUGUACAUAGCUGCCAUAAAGUUCUACACUUACCAUAUGAGUGGUCUCUAGCUUAGCUUGCAUUGUUCAAGAAAUUUUAGAAAAUUCUAAGGAUACUACUCUACUAAUGUUUGUGAGACAUGAAUGUAAUUUUCACUCCAUAUGGAUGUACAAGUGUAUAUUAUUGAAUAAGUAGAGUUAUAUGCAA